CUCCUUUCCUGUGAGCAAAGUCUUACUUUCCCCCUCGCCGUUCCUCCUCCCCUUCCUCCACCAGCUUAGUCUUUCUCUUCCCUUGGGCCACUUCCUUCUUCAGCCUCUUCCUCCCCAGUGCUCGGAAGCCGAGUGCCCUGACCAGACGCCCGCGGCACCAGUACUUCAUCAAAGAAGGAACUGGUCCAAGUCAGCAAUGAAUGUGGAUCAUGAAGUUAACCUCCUAGUGGAGGAAAUUCAACGUUUGGGUUCAAAAAAUACUGAUGGAAAGUUAAGCGUGAAAUUUGGGGUUCUCUUCCAAGAUGACAGAUGCGCCAACCUCUUUGAAGCAUUGGUAGGAACUCUGAAAGCUGCAAAACGAAGGAAGAUUGUCACAUACCCAGGAGAACUGCUUUUGCAAGGUGUUCAUGAUGAUGUUGACAUUGUAUUGCUGCAAGAUUAAUGUAGCUUACAUCUUUCAGGUAUCUGGUAAACUGGGAAUAAUGACGUCAAAGGACAAACACGGGCUUCCUUAAUGUAUUUUUAUAGAACUUUGUAAACAAGAGGGGACUCAUUUUAGAAAGCCUCUCCUUUUUAAAAAAAAAAAUAACUUGAAAGGAAACAUAUCACACUGUAAAAUAAACAAAACCUAUUAUUUUUCUUAAGAAUGUGAUUGGGGCUGGGUGUGGUGGCGCACACCUUGAAUCCCAGCA